UCGACGUUCCCCGGAGUCUCAUCUAGACCUGUAAAACAGCUCAACAAGAUGUCGGAAGAUUACAAAGUGGAGCCGGUGACAGGUACAAUUGGUUUCGGUGAGGGACCUCACUGGUCAGUGGAGGACCAGGCACUCUACUUUGUGGACUUCUACGAGCAGCUGGUGAGGCGGUACCACCCAGAGACCGAUACUCACACCAAGCUUCAUAUAGAAGGCGGCCCCGUGUCGAUGGUGGUGCCUCACAAGACCGGACCGGCUCACACCUUCGUGGUCAGUGUUGGUCUGAGUCUGGUGGCCGUGACCUGGCCCGACCCCACCCAGGACCUGGCCGUCACUGCCGACGACCUCCGCCUCCUGGCCACCGUCGAGCAGGACCUCCCGGACAACAGCUUCAACGAUGGCAAGUGCGACGCCGUCGGCAGGCUCUUUGUGGGAACCAUGAGCCUAGCGGAGGAUCCUGACCACAUGGGCAACCUCUACCGCCUCGACACCGACCGAACCAUCACCAAGGUCGUCGAGAAGGUGACCCUUAGCAACGGGCUGGCAUGGACCGAGGACAACUCAACCAUGUACUAUAACGACACGCUCGAGUACAAGGUCAACGCCUUCGACUUCGAUCUUCCCACCGGAGCGCUGAGCGGUCGUCGUGUUGUGUUCGAUUUCCAAGAGGCAGGACUCAGUCCGGCUAAGCCUGAUGGCAUGACCAUUGACACGGACGGUAACAUCUGGGUCCCUGGCCUCGGCGUGGGCACGGUGUUCAACAUAGACCCCAGUAACGGAGAGAUCUUGAGGGUCGUGAACAUACCAGCCCUUGACACCACCUCAGUUUCCUGGGGAGGACCCGAUCUCGACCAGCUCUUCGUCACCUGUGGGAAUAAUGCUCCUGUCUACAGAGUUACAGGUCUCGGAGUGAAGGGAUUCCCUGCCAACGCUUGCACCGUAGACCUGCCUACGGAGCCUCGCAAGAAGCAGUAGAGUUAUGGCAACCUUUUUGCCACCAUUUACAAGAUGAGCUGAGGUAACAACAUUCACCGU